AUGGAUUCCGGCGAAGAAAUGGCUUCCAGUGAUCGUGAUGAAAUAGAUAGUGAAGAAUUUGGUUCAGACAUUGAAAUGAAAUCCGGCGAAGAAUUUGGUUCUGACGAAGAAGAAAACUACUCUGACGAUGGUUCAAGUACACAGGGUAUGGCGGAACCUUUGACAGACAUAGAAAAGGCAAAGGUUGUUAUGGCACAUAAGGAAUUUUACGACAAUCUAUUACUCCUCCGCAUAAGGCUUCAAAAAUGCCUUUCACUUGCCAAUACUCUUCCACAAGACUUGGACAAAAUUACUAAGGAAGACAAGGAAGAAUGCGCCUAUGACACUGUAAAAGAUUUAGAACAGUAUUUGAUAACGGUGGUAAAAUAUCAAACAGACUUACUUGCUAAGAAUCAAAAUGUUAAAAUGAUUGAUAAAGACAAAGCUACUAUGUUGACAAAUAAACUGAAUCACAAAGACUUUGAACAUGUCUUGCAAGCACAUCAUGAAAUAUUCAAACCUUAUAGAGAUGAGACAAUACAAUUCUGGAAUGAACGAACAAAGCUCGCAUCAGGAAAAGCUGCAAAAUCAGAUUUCUCAGCUUUUGAUCAACCUACAUUAUUACAAAUUGAUCAAAUAAUGGCUGAUAAAACUAGGUUAAUUGAACGUACUCAAAUCAAACGAUCCAAAUAUUGCAUUGUUGGUAAUCCAGAAUCAAUAAACACAGAUGUUGAUCAGGAAAUAUUUGAUGAUGAUGAUUUCUAUCACAAAUUACUUAGGGACUAUAUUGAAAAUAAAACUGCUGAUAUCACAGAUUCGACUCAACUAGGAAAACAAUGGUUACAAUUACAAAAGCUGAGGAGUAAAAUGAAGCGUAAAGUUGAUACCAGAUCAACUAAAGGAAGGAAACUUAGGUACACUGUUCAUACAAAAUUGAUGAAUUUCAUGGCGCCCAAUGACCAAUCCUCAUGGUCUGAUGAAGCUAAACAGGAUUUAUACAACUCUUUAUUUGGUAAAAAAAAUACUGGUUGA